CGAUCCCCUUCCCAAUUUUCGUCGGCAGCCAUCACCUUCCUUCCCCUCCCCCCAUCUCGACGUACGAAGACUUCUGAAACUCUUAUCUUUCUUCUUCAGCUCCUCUCUUACCGGAAGCGAUUGAGGAAAGUAGCACUCGUAUUUCUCUCCCUUUCUUCCACCCUCUUUCGCGCACCUCAGUUCAUCUGAAUCCUGUAAAUCCGAAUUUAAGGCAAAAAGGAGAAGCAAAAGGGAUUUUUUAGGUUAAAUCCUGCUCAAGCGGGAGAGAAAUGGGGUUUGAGAUUCUGAAAUAUUUGUAGUUAAUUGAGCAAUGCAUGCAUAUAGUGCUAUAUUGACAAGAACUUUUGCUUAAAGAUGGCAAAAUUUCAGUUAAACUGCAGUAUUAUUUAAUAUUGCUGGUGGUUGAUCAGUUAUUCUAUCCAGUCCUUUUAACUCCAAAAUUGAUAUGGAAGGAGCUCGCAUUCACCUGAAACUGUGGCAAAGAGCUGCGGUCGCUGUUGGCUCAGCUAUGGGUGCUCUAAUGGAUCCCAGAAGAGCAGAUCUAAUCGCCGCACUAGGUGAAACUACUGGUAUGCCCGCUUUCGAGAGGUUGCUUGCCCGGAUGAAGAAUAAUCCUGAAGGCAGGGCCAUACUUAGCGAGCGCCCGCGGGUAAUAUCAUCACGAGUUUCUCAUGCAUGGGAUCUACCACAAAACACAUUUGGAGCAGCAUAUGCCAGCUUCAUGGGAUCCAGAAACUUCUCUCCCGACGAUCGGCCACCCGUUCGAUUUAUGAACACAGAUGAGUUAGCAUAUGUGGCGACGCGUGCCCGUGAAGUCCAUGAUUUCUGGCACGUGCUUUUCGGCCUCCCGACGAACUUGAUCGGCGAGUCGGCUCUCAAGGUGAUCGAAUUCGAGCAGAUGUUUCUUCCCAUGUGCAUGUUGUCUGUGGUUGGGGGCGCCGCGAGGUUUAGUGAGAAGCAAAGAUCUCUCUUUUUCAGGAAUUACCUACCCUGGGCAACUAGAGCUGGAAUGAGGUGCACUGACUUGAUUAGUGUGUAUUAUGAGAAUUACUUUCAUGAGGAUCUGGAGGAUGUGAGGAGGAAAUGGGGGAUACAGGUUUGCCCAGAUUUAAGAGCUAAAAGCUGAGGGCUUUUGCUGUAAUUUAUUUGAUUUGGCUUUAUUUAAUACAUGUUGAAGAUAUAGGAUUAUUAUACUCUGCAACUAUAUG